AUGAGUAACUCCACACAAUACGACUUCCAACAGCUCGAUCCUUAUCAGUACUGGGACGACAACUGCAACAGCAUCAUGGAGAUUUGGAAUUACUUGCAAUAUAACCUGACAGGGCAGGCCAUGUAUUGGGUCGCAUAUCGUUCUCAAGAAACCGUUUAUAAAGCGAUUAUGCAGGGAUUCGAAGCUGUCAGAAAUGGUUCACUGGAAAAACCACCUAUGAAUCAAGAAUUCUGGGACUGGUCUGUCAACGGCAGCUAUCUCCAUUUGCAGGUGGGAAAUUUUGCCUGGGAGAAAUGCGACAACCGGUUGUGCGAAGCUCUUGGCUGGGAGGGUAGCCCUGACAUUGCCGGAGUCGGUAUGCUGGCCACAUACAUCAUACAAGCUAUUCUGAUCACAGUAUACCUUUGCGGAAUCCUUACAGUCAACCUCAACCAACAACUGAAUCAACCACGGAUGUGGCCCCCACUCAGCGACGAAGAAGCUUCCAGCGCCAAACACUAUCUCCCAGGUACCCCAGACAAGCCUUCCGCCAGCGAUCACACAAAGGAGAAUACCCAGGAAUACGGACACACAUCUGAUACGAUCCAGCUUAGUUUCAACGUACAAUCCAUUGAGUUUUAUAUCUCUAUUCUGUAG